GUGAGAAGAGAGGGGGGGCCUGGGACGAGCCUCAGCGCCAGCGCAGAGAUUUCGAGAGACAGUGUUGCCCUGCCACAUUGUGACCAUAAUUUUUCAGUUUGAGCGCAGCACUAGCCGGUGACGGGCGAUGCGAUAGUAACACGUAGUAACCAUAAUCCCAGCCAGCCAACCGAGGGUCCUGGCGUGGGCGGACACAACCGUUACAAAACCGUUUUCGCAAGUGCACUUUGGAAGCUGUUUGAGCCCCAGAAAGCAGGACAGAAUGGGCGAGAGAACACAUAGAGAAAGUGAAAAUGGAAAAUAAUUUUGUUUUGUGAUUGCCGUGCAAAAAAAAAAACAAAACCAGAGACACCACAGAGUCGGGCACGGAUACGGACGGGACACGCACACGUUGUCCCUUAUUUUUUUUUUUGAUUCCUGGUCGUCUGGCUUCCGUUAUACGAAAAUCAAUAAUUCCGUGCUGUAUAAGUUACGGCGAAAGGUGCGCGCUCGCAUCGGACUCGCGUGGCGUUCGGCUCUUCCCGUUACUGCAGUCGGGUCCCCUCCGAUGGGGGUGGUGGCGGGUGUUACAACAAAAAUCGUACAACCCAGAGUCCGCGUGGUGGAGGCGGAACGUGAUUGAAAUAUUUGCACAAAAAGGAAACGGCGCUUACACUUUACACGCGCCAAGCGCCUCACAGCGUAGGCGGCAAACGAGAGCCAAAGAGAGAGAACAGCAAGAACAAGAGAGAGAGAGAGUGGAAGCGGUAGCUUCGUGGAAAGAGAGCUGAAGCUCGUGCUUGACAGAAGAGACUGAGAGACUCUCUCGUUCGCGUGAAUCAGGAAGCAGAAGACCGAAUACAUUCUGCCCCAUGUGGUGGGGGCACGGUGGACAGUGGGAGCAGAAUGGUGGGACGGACGGAGCAUAGAAAGAGCGUGUGAAACGUAAAGGGGCAAAAAAGUAGUAGUAGUAAUAGUAGUAGAAGAAGAGAACCACAGAAGAAAACAACAAAAUACAUAUACGCGCGCAGUCGCUGCCCGCUGCUGACGUUGGCGUUGACUUGAACGUCGACGGUGACGCUAACUGUGACUGCGACUGCGACGUAGUCGUAGUAAGUUUUUCCGCCGUAAUUGUGGGAGUGUGAAUGUGUGCGUGUGUGUGCGUAAGCGUGUCGGUGUGCGUGUGCGUGUGUGGAAUGUAUAAUAUAUACCAUAUAAAGCACAUAGCGAGAAAUCAUGAUAAAGUUUGUCAGGCAGAAAAAUCGCGAGAAUCCAUUAAAGGCAUCGAAAAAUUUUCUUCGUAAAAAGCGUGAAUCGAAUGACUCUGGCACCGAAUCGGAUGGUGAGCUCCUCGAUGUGGAAAAACAACGUCACUUAGACGUGGAUAUGGAAACAACUGUCGCUGGCCAAAAACCAAUUGCUCCUGCAAUGAUGUGUCACCAGCAGACAUCGUCAUCUUGCGCCCAUCUCAUGUACGAUCAGCACAGCUCCGAGGAGGAAUUGGAGGUGAUCAAUGGGCCCUCGUCGGUGGCAGGACAUGGCCAUGGCACCACGACCGCGACGGGCGCUUCGUGUGCCUCGCGACUCUCUAAUCGUGGCUGCACCUCCUCGCUGGACACGGAGGCACCCUACGAGGAACGGGCCACCACAUCCAACUCGAAGCGUUCAAGCUCCACGCUGAUGGUGGAGAACCGGAAACGGUCCCUGGCCCACAGCUCCGACGAUGAGUUACGCAAUUCGCUGGAGCCGAUAUUGACGCCCGUGAAUUUUCGCACAUCGCCGCCAUUGGAGGCGUUCAAGCCAAAUCGUAGCCAUAUGACGUUCCGCUCCACAACGCCACUGAUAUUAUCGGAGGCCAGAUGUGGCAUCGAAAAUAUUAAAUUAUGUGAUAAUAGUGUAAACGAGGAGAAUGGCGACAACAGCGGCGGCGGCGGCGGCAAUGGCGGCAACCACAGUAAAUGCCCCAAGCUGGGCGGAGCCGUGCUGGGUGGCGGCAACGAGAACGAGCCGAGUGUGAUCAAGGCGUGCAGCAGCUCCCUGAAGAUGAGCAACAGCAGCCACCACAUCUAUCAGCCGCAGCCCAAGUACAGUUUCCACUACAAUAGCUCGCGCAGCAGUCCGGCCAGCACCACCGGCCUGGACAUGGAGGUGCGUUCGGUUAGUCCGCCCGCGAAACUGUUCCACUGCGCCAUCUCGCCCAGGCGUCGUCCUAGUAAUAAUUCGGGUGGUGGCGGUUCGGCCGCAGCGGCAGGCACAGCAGCCCCCGCCACAUCCUCAUCGACAGGAGGAGGAGGAGGAGCAGUAGCAGGAGGAGGCACCACAUCAUCCACAGCAGCAACAACGACACACAAUGCUGCCAAUGCCGCAAGCGCCGCCGCUGCCACCCAGAGACUGCAGCGACCGCAUCGGCCGUGUUUAGAUUUUGAUAAGAUGCAGCAGGUGAGCCUCUAAUGCAGAGCGUGCUAACAGCGAAGGAAGGGAUCGAAUGGGAAGGGAAAGGCAAAUGGCAAAUCAAAGACUUUUUAUACGAAACAACAACCGCAACCACAACCACAGCUACAACCACAGCUACAACCACAGCUACAUCUACAUCUACAUCUACAACAACAAGAACUCAAGAAAUCAAGAACUCAAACUGCAAAUAGAGACAGCAAGUGUACCUAACGGUUGAGCGCGGGCCAGCUGAUGCUUGGCAGCACUGGCCGCACGAUUAGGGGCGCCCUCUGAUGCUUGGCAGCACUGGCCGCGCCCUCUGCACGAUCAGGCGUCGGGUCUUCAUGCAACCAAAAAAUAGGACGGCAACAGCAACAACAAGGAUAAAAAAAUAUCAUAAAAUCAAAUUAUAUAAAGCUAAAGGUAAUUCAAAUUUUAAAUGCAAACAAACCUAAAAUUUACAAUAGAUGCAGCUAUUUUUUCACAAUUUUAAACUGAACAAGAAACAAAAAUCGUAUGAGAAAGCAAAGUAAAUGCAGAACAAGAUCUGGCAGCAGAGCAAAGAUGGUGAGACGGCAGUCGGUGGGGGGCUGUGUAAAGAAUGAUUUAAGAUUUAGAUGUAGCAACUACAAAAAUGGAAAGAAAUGGAGAAAAUUUGAGUAAAUCUGUAAAAGAAAAAGAAACAAAACCAAAAUCUGUAAACUGUAAAUAUUGUAUUUGUGUGGGAGAACAAAAAAAAAAACUUUUGAAGAAAUUGGCAAGCCAUGAAAAGAGAAAAAGAGUUAAACAUUUUAUGAACUGUGGAAAGAAGAAAGUAUUUUAAUUUUUUUAAAACCAAGAAAAUAUGUGGUGAUGUAGACAGAAGACUCAAACUUAUAAAACAAAAGAAAAGAAAACGAAAACGAAAAGAAAAGAAAAAAAGAGCAAAAUUAUAUUUCUAUAAAUUGAGAAAGGAACUGUGAACGGUUAGAGGGAGCAGAGAAUGUGAGGAGGAGACAGACAGUAUGGGGGUGGGGAAAUAGCGUAGCAAACACUUGGGACGCAGCAAAAUAGUAACAGUAACAGCAACAAUGUGAAGCAACAAUAGCAACUAAAAAAAACAAAACCCAAAUACAGAAAAAAAAAACAUAAUAAAAAAUUAAAUAAAAAUAAUAAAGAACAAAGAAUCUUUUGUAUGAUGUUGUAUGAUGAAAACCGAAUGCCGAUACAAACUGUCCAACCAAGACGGUUGUAAAAACAGUUAAAUAUGUGUUUAAUGUACAACAUAAAAUAGCAAGCUAUUUUAUAAAACAAUAUUCUAAUUAUCCGCAAUGUAAGAAAACCGAGAAAAAACCAAGAAAAACAGAAUACAAAAACCAAAAAGCUGCCAUCAAACCAUCAUGCAUACGAUUAAAGCUCUUCAGUUUUACCAAUAUGAUUGAUGAUUGAUGAGGGGAGGACGAAAAGGACGGGAAGGACUUAGUAAACGCAACAACACACAAACAAUUGGCAACUGUUUGCAUUUUGCAGUAAAGCAUAAUUAAUAUUUUCGUUUGAAGAAACAAAAGCAAAAUGCUACAAAAUAAGCCCAUAUUCAAUUUAAAGAAUACCAAUUUAAAACAAAAAUGAACUAAACAACCAGUAAACGUGUGCAUCCAUAGCAAAGGCAAAAGCAAAAGCAAACGAAAAAGUAAAGCAAAAAAACAUAAAUUUUUAAGUACCAUAUAUAUGUAUGUAAAACAAAAACAAAUGAAGAAAUAUUCAAAGUAAUGAUAAUUUUUAAAUCAUAUUUACGAACAACAGACAACAGGCAGGCAAAAUUUCAGUUCAUUCCCAAAAAAAAAGCAAAAAAAAAAAAAACAGUAGUCGCAAAUGUUUCGUAUGCUAAUUUUUCAAUAACCAUACCAUCAUACCCUCUAAAAGAAAAACACACACACACACACACUAACACUCAGAACACUCAACCUACCAAAACAGCAUAAUCCACACCACCAAAACACCAAGAAUAUAUAUAAAGAAAGAUAAAUAAAACGAAUGAAGAAUGAAGAAUAAA